AUGGCGUUCCGCAGAACCAUCGCACGGAGCAUAUGGGCAGCCAAGAACGCGGCCACCUGCGCCGCCGCCGUGCCCAAGCCCAAGCCCCCGCCUCCCAUUCUCCCGGCGCGCCGGACGCUGCCGGUGGUGGAGGACUGCCCGACGCUCGCAUUCCUGCGCCCGCGCCCGGCCACCGCCCGCUACUCCACCGUCUCCGUCCCGCUCCCGCACCACUGCUUCCCCGCCUUCCCCGUCGGCGACCAGCUGUUCAACCGCCUCGUCGACGGGCUCACGCCGCCGCCUGCCGCCGUGCCGUGGAGGCCCGGGGAGACGGGCGUGACGCUGCACGAGGCGAGGAAGGUGGCGAGGGCGGCGGAGAUGGAGGCGGCGCGCGCCACGCUGAGGGCCAACCCCGAGAGCGUCGUGUCCAGGUCAGAGUACGCCGCGCUCUGCAUCGACAUUGCGGGCGGCGAGGAGGGCGGGCGCAAGCUCGCCGUGGCGCUCGACGAGUCCGGCGUCGUCAUCGUCCUCGCCGACGCCGUCUUCCUCCGCCCCGACCAGGUUGCGAAGGCGAUCGGGAGCAUGCUGCCGUCGCCGGCGCGAGCAGCAGCCGCGGGCGACGACGUCGAGGCGCGCAAGCUGGAGCUGCGGGCGCUGGAGCGGCAGAAGGCGGCCAUCGACGCCAAGGCGGCGGCGCAGGUGCGGCGGGAGCUGUGGUGCGGGCUGGGCCUGCUGGCGGCACAGACGCUGGGGUUCAUGCGGCUCACCUUCUGGGAGCUGUCGUGGGACGUGAUGGAGCCCGUGUGCUUCUACGUCACGUCCAUCUACUUCAUGUCCGGCUACACCUUCUUCAUGAGGACGGCCACGGAGCCGUCCUUCGAGGGCUUCUACCGGAGCCGCUUCGCGACGAGGCAGCGCCGCCUCAUGCGCGCCCGCCAGUUCGACGUCGCCCGGUACAACGCUCUGAAGCAAGCGGAGCUGCGCGGCGUGUCCGGUUCUGUGGCACAAAGCGAUCAUGGCGAGUGCGAUGCCGACGUGUUUAGGCACGCCACGCACGUACAUCAGUAG